AUGGGUUUGUUCGACAGAGUCAAGUCCAGCGCCGUCAGGCAAGAACCCCGUCCGGUCCAUCAGAUCCCACCCCAGCUCCAACAGUUCGAUGCUUCCGCCUAUAUCGCCUCAAACCCUGUUCUUAAGCAACAAUUCUCCCAGCCAACGCCCUACACCAUCCCAUCGGGUAGCCCAGGGCAGACAUACAUGCAAAGACCAGGUAGCGGUGGUAACAGUGGAAUUCCGACUCCAAACAGCACUCCUCCACCAGCUCAACCCACCCAUCGCCCAAGCAUUGAUACCAAUGUGCCCCCUGUCAUGCCUUCUCAACAUCCAACCCAGGCCCAGGCCCAGCAACAGGGACAAUAUAGCAUGGUCUGCAGCAAUAGCUUGACAUCUCCAGGUGUUCAGGAUGUCUACGUAGUUCCAUUUUCUCAACAGCAACAGCAACAGAUGCAUGCCCAGCAGCAACAUGCCCGAAGACACUCUUAUGUCCCGGGGCAGCCGCAUAUGUAUAGCAAUAGCUUCCCAGUCCAACAGGCUCCACAGGGUAUCCAUUAUGGACAGCAGUCGAUGCAAGCCGCACCUGCCCUUCCAUCUCUCUCCCAGGUCCAGCAUCAGGCGAGGUCGUCUUCCCGUGAGCAGUCUCCAGCUGCCCGUAGAUAUUCCAUUCAAGCGGAUAGACCAUCUCCACCUGCAAGCUUCCCAUCCCAGCUCCCAAUGCAGCGUAUGAACAGCAUCAGCAAGGGUUCCACGAAGCUCUACCAACUCCCAGAGUUGCAGAUGCAAAACUUGCCAAAUGAACCCGCGAACAAGUUCAUCCCACGUAACUUGGACUCUAGAGUCGCAGACCGUGAUGAAGUCUUGACUGUUCUUAAGCCUAUGAACCUCACAGACUACCUCACCAUCACCGGUCCAGAAGAUAUCACUCGCCACAUCCCAGCAGUUGACCGUAGCGAGGCUGCUGUCUCUGAAUUCCAACAUCCAGACCAAGACUCCAUUGUUGGUUCCUCGUAUCCACUCAUGCGAAAGCAAUCGUGGACUCGUCCAUCCGAAGAAACCUUCGGAAAACUCCUAACCUGGAAUGGCCGUCGAAUCACACCAUAUCCAGUCCAGACUCUUGGUCGUUUGAUCCGUGGUGAAGAAGAUGUCGCAGCUUUGGCAGAUGACUUCUGGCUUAAGCCCGUCCACACCGCAACCUGUGCUUGGCUCCAAGCCAUCGAUUCGUCGAGGUAUAACGGCGAUUAUAACAAGGGAAACGCUUCUAGACUCGUUACUACUACCAGUGCCAGUGUUGAUGGUAUUGCUGAAAACCGAGAUCUUGAUCCUUCCAUGUUGCACUUCACCAAGCAGUUUACUCUGUACCCUCCAGCUCAAAGCUCCGUUGGCGUUGCGAAGAAGGAAGUCGUUUUCUUCAUGGACUUCGUUUCUCCUGGAGUUUUGACCGAUGCCGGUGGAAAAAUGUGGGAAGAAGGAAGGGCAGAAUCCGUCGCACAAGGAUUAGAGAAUCGUCUCGCAAGCUCUUAUUACAUCGCAACUAGACAGGUCGCAACCACUGCCAAAAAUCUCGGCUGCCGAGCCGGUGCUCUCUGUGACUAUGAGAACAUCGUCCUCUUCUACUUCAAGGGCCAGCCGGAAUCCUUCACGGGUCCCGAAUCCACUGCCGAAGUCCUGCACCUCAAGUACACCGACCCGCACGCCCGCUACUUGCUGGCUGAGUUGGUGUACCGCUCCAUGGCGGACAUGAGCGAACGCCUCAACCUUGGUGACCUUGGAAAAGUCGUCGAGGCUAACCAGCAGAUGACUAUUAAGAACUUCAACCUCAUGUGGGGGACCGCCAGCGUCGUUAGGUGA